AUGAACGAACUGGACAGCCUGCGCCAGGAGGCUGAGACCCUGAAGAACGCGAUACGGGAUGCGAGGAAGGCGGCGUGCGACACCUCGCUGGCCCAGGCCACCGCCAACCUGGAGCCGAUCGGCCGCAUCCAGAUGCGGACGCGGCGCACGCUGCGCGGCCACCUCGCCAAGAUCUACGCGAUGCACUGGGGCAGCGACUCCAGGAACCUGGUCUCCGCCAGCCAGGACGGCAAGCUGAUCGUGUGGGACAGCCACACCACCAACAAGGUGCACGCGAUCCCGCUGCGCUCCUCGUGGGUGAUGACCUGCGCCUACGCCCCCUCCGGCUCCUACGUGGCGUGCGGCGGCCUGGACAACAUCUGCUCGAUCUACAGCCUGAAGACCCGCGAGGGCAACGUGCGCGUGUCCCGCGAGCUGCCGGGCCACUCGGGCUACCUGUCCUGCUGCCGCUUCCUGGACGACAACCAGAUCCUCACCAGCUCCGGCGACAUGACCUGCGCGCUGUGGGACAUCGAGACGGGCCAGCAGUGCGGCCAGUUCACGGGCCACACGGGCGACGUGAUGUCGCUCUCGCUGGCGCCCGACCAGCGCGCCUUCGUCUCGGGCGCCUGCGACGCCUCCGCCAAGCUGUGGGACGUGCGCGACUGCCAGUGCAAGCAGACCUUCCCCGGCCACGAGAGCGACAUCAACGCGGUCACGUUCUUCCCGUCGGGGUUCGCGUUCGCCACGGGCUCGGACGACGCCACCUGCCGCAUGUUCGACAUCCGCGCCGACCAGGAGCUGGCGAUGUACUCGCACGACAACAUCAUCUGCGGCAUCACCUCCGUCGCCUUCUCCAAGUCGGGCCGGCUGCUGCUCGCCGGCUACGACGACUUCAACUGCAACGUCUGGGACUCCAUGAAGAGCGAGCGCGCCGGCAUCCUCGCCGGCCACGACAACCGCGUGUCCUGCCUCGGCGCGCCCCCCGCCCCGCCCCGCCCCGCCCCGCCCGCCCCGCCCCCCCGCCCCGCCGCUCGCCCCCCCAGCCCCAACCCCAGCCCCAGCCCCCCCAACCAUCGAACGGGACUCGCCCGCCCCUCUGCGGAAUCUUUCCGGGAACACCAAUCCCGCAAUCUCGCGAUCCCGGCAGUUGCGCGGCGCGGGCCGGGCGUGGGGCGACGAUGGGAGCGGGCUGAUCGGCCUGCGCCCGCCGGGACGCCGAUUUGUGUUUCCGUGACUCGA